ACCUAACACGAAGCAAGAAUGAGUGGAAGAGGCAAGGGAGGAAAGGGACUCGGUAAAGGAGGCGCCAAGCGCCACCGUAAAGUUCUCCGUGAUAACAUCCAGGGAAUCACCAAGCCCGCUAUCCGCCGUCUGGCUCGCCGUGGUGGAGUGAAGCGUAUCUCCGGUCUGAUCUACGAGGAGACCCGUGGGGUGCUGAAGGUGUUCCUGGAGAACGUGAUCCGUGAUGCAGUCACCUACACCGAGCACGCCAAGAGAAAGACCGUGACCGCCAUGGAUGUGGUGUAUGCCCUGAAGAGACAGGGUCGCACCCUGUACGGAUUCGGAGGUUAAACACUGCAGGCUCCUAACAUAAUA